AUGUAUGAUCCAACUCUGCAAGCUAACCCUAUGGAAAAAGUAGGAUUCUAUACCGACCUACGCCGUUUUAUCCAAAAAGUUCCUCCGAAUGAAACAGUCAUAAUCCUUGGAGAGACACAGUUUGAAGACAAUCUACAUGCAUCCUCGAUCCCAGCACUGGCAUAUCACUGA